AUGACCCGUGAAGAAAAAAGCUUCGAGACCGAGAUUCUCACCCAGCAGAUUCGGGAAUUUACUCGCUCGUAUAACAAAAGCAGCAACAAGUUAAGAGAGGAGGAUGUUUCGUCCCUGUUGAAUGCGGUCCGGGAAUUGGAAGCAGCAGUUACGCCCACCGAGGAAUGGAGCUGUCGUCUCGCCGCUGGGUAUCAGAGCAGUAUCGCAAUGUGUCUGUUUCUCGACUGGAAAAUUCCCAGCAUGAUGUCCAAGACAGAGGAGGCUACCAUGUCGUUGGAUCAGUUGGCAGAGGCAUUGAACGUAUCCAAAGGGUUGGUUCGGUGUCUGAUGAGGGAGUGUGUGAUGCAGCAAAUUCUUCACGAGCCAUCCCCAGAAGUAUACCAGCUGAAUAGGCACUCGCGCGGCUUGCUUCAAGAGGGUUUUGCGGCCUGGGUGCAUUACAUCUCUGAUGUUGGGCUGCGCACAGGGGCCUAUGUGUCGGAAUACGUCUCUAGCAUUAGUGGUCGCCUGCUGGACUGCCCUCAUCGAACUCCAUUUCAGAUGGGAUUUCAGACCGAGAAAACAUUCUACGAUUACUAUGACAGGUUCGACAAAGCUCGCGGGGCCCGGUUCGAUCGAUCGAUGGAAUGGCAGAGUGUGAAUCAACUGCCAGUCGAGCAGUUCUUUGAUUUCAGCCAGCUCCCCGCAGGCGCCGUGGUUGUUGAUAUUGGAGGUGGAAAGGGACAUAUUUCCCUUCGAAUUGCCCGGCAGCAUCCCCAAUUGUCCUUUGUAGUGCAGGACUACGAGGUCAAAAGCCCCACGACGACCGGUGACGACGACUCGCGGCAGCUACUACAAAGGGUGCAAUGGCAAGCACAUAGCUUCCUUGAGAGACAACCUGUACAGGAAGCCGAUGUUUACCUGAUGAGCAACAUCCUCAUGGACCGAACCCUAACUGACGCUCGCGAGAUCAUCAGGCACACGGCUCGGGCCAUGACUCCUAACAAGUCUCUUUUGCUGGUGGAUGAUUUGAUCGAUCCUAAGACAGCGGGGAUCAUGUCCGCCUCAGCCAACUGGGAGAGUCUGCACAUGCUCGCCUGUUUUGGCACGCUUGCGAAGAGCAUGGAGGAGUGGAGGAAUUUAUUUUCUCAGGCCUGUCCGGAGCUUGAGAUCGUGGAGAAAUUUAUGAUUUCAGCAGGCAGGGUGUGCUUCGUGCUUAGAAAAACCGCUUGA